GGGACCGCCGUGGAGACCCCCGGGGCUGCGGGCCGUGCCAGGCAGACGGCCCUUUCCUCAGGGCCCCGCCUGGUACCAGGGCCCCCACCAGCAGGGGGACUGCGCCUGGAAGCUGUAAUGGAGGCCCUGCAGAGGCAGCAGGCAGCUCGGCUGGCCCAAGGGGUGGGGCCCUUGGCCCCACCCCGACUCCCACUUCCACAGCCUCCUCUGCCUAGAGCCCUGACCUUACAGGCUCCUGAGGGGGCCUUAGGGGUGGUUGGGGCUGAAGAAGAGGAUGCUGAAGAGGAUGAGGAGGGAGAGGAAGCCCUGGCAGAGGAGACAGCUGAGGAGGCUCAUCCAGGGGCCCAGUGUCCCAACUCACCUUCCAGCCAGCCCCCUGGACUCCAUCCACAUGAGUGGACCUAUGAGGAACAGUUCAAGCAGCUGUAUGAGCUCGAUGCAGACCCUAAGAGGAAGGAAUUUCUGGAUGACCUGUUCAGCUUCAUGCAGAAGAGGGGGACGCCAGUGAACCGCGUGCCCAUCAUGGCCAAACAGGUGCUGGACCUGUAUGCUUUGUUUCGCCUGGUGACCGCCAAGGGUGGCCUGGUGGAAGUCAUCAACCGAAAAGUGUGGCGAGAGGUCACACGCGGCCUCAGUUUGCCCACCACCAUCACUUCUGCCGCCUUCACUCUGCGCACCCAGUACAUGAAGUAUUUGUACCCGUAUGAGUGCGAGACGCGGGCGCUCAGUUCCCCGGGGGAGCUCCAGGCUGCCAUAGACAGCAAUCGGCGCGAGGGCCGUCGGCAGGCUUACACCGCCGUCCCGCUCUUCGGCUUAGUGGGGCCGACCCCUCGGGGCGCUCCAGGCCUGGCUUCGGGUCCUGGCCCCUCCCCGGUCGCACCCCCGCCGGGUCCUGGUCCCACCCAGGGUUCCACCGCUGGCUUGCCUGUGCACGCAUGCGCUCAGCUGGGUCCAAACCCUAUUAAGAAAGAGGAAAGUGGAAUUCGAACCCCUCGUCCAACACUACCUGUUGACUUGGCCUUGGGGCCUGGACGAGAGAAGUUGGCACCAGAGGAGCCUCCGGAGAAGAGGGCUGUGCUGAUGGGCCCCAUGGACCCACCUCGACUUGGUGCACCCCCCAGUUUCCUGCCUCGUGGCAAGGUUCCCCUGAGGGAAGAGCGGUUGGAUGGGGCCCUCAAUCUGGCAGGCAGUGGCAUCAGCAGUAUCAACAUGGCACUAGAGAUCAAUGGGGUGGUCUACACUGGCAUCCUCUUUGCUCGCCGCCAGCCUGUGCCAGCUUCCCUGGUUCCAACCAAUCCUCCACCCCCACCCUCUACAGGGCCCCCUUCCAGCACUUUGCCUUGAGAGCACCUACUGAGAACCACGAGCCCCAGCAUCAUUGUUGAGGGGAGAGGGGCCCUCCCACCUUGAUUCUUCCAGGAUGCCCACUGUGGGACCCAGUCCUGGGAGAUGACAGCAUGCCACCUCCACUCCAAAGGGAUUUCUUAUGAUGUUCCACCUACCUCAUUGUAAAAGUAGGGCACCACCUCCCUGGCCAACUCCAGCAGCAUCUACCAAAGAAUUCUUCCCCCAGCAACCCCUGUCAUCUCCUCAUGUGACCCCUGUAUCAAUGUCGUCUUUGGCACCCCACUUCUCUGAGUCAACUCUGCUUCUCUUCAGGAGGCAGGUGAAGACUGGAUUUGGAUGGUGUGAGGACAUCUCUCAGGUCGCAUCUGGAAAAUAAAGCUGUACUCCC